AUGGCAGCAGUGCAAAUCCUCGCAUAUGGUUUUUGUUUCGAUAGCAUUGAUGAUGCUAUAAAGAUAGGAGAAAGUACAACAAGAGUGGCUAUGUUAAAGUUUUGUGAAGCAAUUAUCAAUACGCUUAAGGAACAAUAUUUGUGUGACCCGACCACCGACGACAUAGCACGACUAUUAGCUGAAAACAAAGAACGUAGAUUUCAGGGGAUGAUAGGCUCUCUCGAUUGCAUGCACUGGCGGUGGGAUGCAUGCCAUGUGGCGUGGAGAGGCCAAUACAAUGGGCCCUACGGCUACCCGACAUUGAUAUUAGAGGCAGCUGCUUCCCAAGACCUGUGGAUAUGGUAUGCAUUUUUUGGAAUGCCCGGUACCAAUAACGAUAUUACAGUUUUGGAUUAUUCACCCUUGUUCAACAGAUAUAUGGACGGAACAGCAACGCCGAUCGAAUAUGAGGUGAAUGGGAGGCGGUACAACCUCCCAUACUACUUGACGGAUGGUAUAUAUCCUAAGCAUGCAGUUUUCAUGCAGGCAAUAAGCAAUCCGGUUACUACCAAAGAACGAGCGUUUACUACAUUGCAAGAAGCUUUUCACAAAGAUAUCGAAAGAAUGAACGUGGUCACAAUCUUCCCAUUUGGACACCACCAAUUAAAGAGAAUCAAAAUUUUCCCGAGCAUGAGCAAUCAGUUGAAAAUGUUCGUCUCUUAUAUCGCAUUCGGAUGGGUAGAAUUCGUAAUCCUGAAACUAAUGUAA